UUAUAAGAGUCGCUCAUGCAUCGGGCAACUCUCAACGAGCAUUUCUUCGUGUUUGCAUAUGGGAUUUCUCCAAGCUAACAGCCCUUAAAAGGCACACACACGAACAGUCGUAGGAGUCUAUUCACAAUCUUUCGGAUUGCUUGUCUCUCCAUUUGCAGAGUUUCCUGCAACACCUUCAUCGACCAAGGCACAAAGCACAACCAUGUCUGCGACCAGACUUUUCGAGGAUGACCUCAAGAGACCUCUGCCCAAGGUUGAAGUCUUCGACAGCGCAUCUGUCAGUCCAGACCAGAUUGUGGCGGCCCUCACCAAAGCAGGUGGUUGUGUUGUCAAGAAUGCCGUAUCUCCUAGCGACCUUGCCCUCGUCCAAAAAGAUGUUCAGCCUUUCCUCGACGCCGACAAACCAUGGGACGGCAAUUUCUUUCCUCGUGAAACACGUCGAGUCAAUGGGCUAGCCGCCAAGUCCAAAGCCUUCAUGGAGAAGAUUGUUUGCUACGAGCCCUACCAGUCCGUCUGUUCAAAGCUUCUCUCCAGCACAACAAAAAACUAUCUCGGCCAAGAUCUGCAAAUAAGCACCAGUCAACCUCAGCUUAACAACACUAUCGUCUUCGCGAUCGGGCCGGGCGCUGCCCCACAGCCGUUGCAUCGCGAUGAUAUGAUCCACCAUCGUAUUUUGAAGCAGAUGCGUGCAGAGGAUUAUGUAGUUGGACAAGACACAGGCAUUGGCUUUUUUGUGGGAGGCAGGAAGACUACCAAGGCCAAUGGAGCCACCAGAUUCAUUCCCGGCUCGCAUCUCUGGGAUCACGAUACACCACCAAGCGAAGACCUCACCUUCUACGCGGAACUUGACCCCGGUGACGCCUUCAUUAUGUUGUCUUCAUGCUAUCAUGGAGGAUCGGCGAAUACGACUGAGGAUGAGAUACGAUUAGUGUAUAGCUGUUUCAUGACAAAAGGCUAUCUCAGACAGGAGGAGAACCAGUACCUGAACAACGAUCCUGAAAAGCUGAAGGAGCUGUACGAUGACAGCAUGCUUAGACUCAUCGGGUAUAACCUCAGCGCACCGUUUCUCGGCUGGAUCAAAGAAGGCCACCCUUUGGCUGCCCUCGGACGACAACAGCCACUAGGAGACAUGUAUUGAGACACUAGCCACACGAAGCCAGUGGCGUAAGGAUCCACCUGUGCAUAUUUGGAGAGGUUAGAGAUAGAGCAACGACGUGAAAUGAAACACACUUCUAUUUGCUGCGGC